CGAAUUUAUAUCGACAGUGGCGGAAGACGGCGGAAGAUCAGCUAACUAGGUCCAACCAUCGCUAACUAUAUUAUUCGCUCUUUAAUUCCGAACAUGGCCCAGAGGGCUGGCCGGAGCCAACUUUCCAAGAGCCAACGUUGGAGCACCCAACCACCGUGCCGAGCCGAGUGUAUGCCACCUUCCACGAGGCGGAGAGAAAAUUUCAAGACAGAUAUCUAUCUCAGAGAUGAUGGAGUGCCCAUAAAAAGGAUGCGAAGGACUCGCAACCAAUCUUUCACUACCUUAACUAUGUCUCUAGCAGAACCGAGCCCCAAGGUGUCCAGUGGGGCGAAUGUUCCAGCUUUUUAUAGGCACUUUCUCUGGCUCAGUGCUCCCAGUUAUCGAUAUAUUUCUGGAAUCCCACUUAGGAACCCUGGCGUGUGCCUCGGGCAGCUGGAUGGACAGUGCUGGAGCCGCCCGCCCGUCUGACAAAAGGCGAAGUUGUUUCAAUUUUUUUUCCUGGUGUGUGGGAGACAGAGCAGGUUUUGCGCCCUGCGCACUUUGUCCUUCAUUUAGUUAAUUAUCGUUGCUCCCAGUUCUCACGCAGAGUGUGCCAUUUGUCAAGAAGCGUAAGCAGGGAGUUUAACGAGCCAUACUCACACACUGCCUCCUAUAAUUCAUAUUUGCCAGCUUCAGUUUGAAUUUCAUAUCGUUUUUCAAACGUACACCCACUAAACGUAGAAAGCCCCUAAUUCUACCAUUCCAACAUCCCACGGACGGUGGCGCCAGGCGAUAACCAUGUCCUCAAUUAGAGACUGCACGCUAGAGACCUGCCCAAUCGAAGCAAGCAUAUUCAAAUACCGUCCCUCCCUACCCGCCAACGCAGCCUUCCUCAGCCUCUUCGGACUAUCCGGCCUAAUUCACCUCCUCCAGCUCCUCGUCUUGCGAAGCAAUUAUGCCUUCUCAAUCCCAAUCUUGCUCGGCUGCAUAGGGGAGAUAAUCGGCUACGUUGGCCGUCUCAUCCUAUACAACAACCCCUUCAGCAUCGACGGGUUCCUGAUCCAAAUAUGCGCGCUGACGAUCUCGCCCGCGUUCUUCACUGCCGCGAUCUAUUUCUGCAUUGCGGAUAUCGUCCGGCUUUUUGGGUGUGAGGGGACGUCGCGGCUGAAACCGAAGCAGUAUGCGUGGAUAUUCAUCCCAUGCGAUAUUAUCAGUCUUGUGUUGCAAGGGUUGGGCGGCGGGGUUGCGAGCGUGGCGACGCGGAGGCACGAGGAUGGGACUACGGGGGUAAAUAUCAUGAUUGCCGGGUUGGCAUUUCAGGUGUUUAGUCUAUUGAUAUUCAUCUUGUUACUAGCAGAGUUCUUUGUUAGGGUUUACCGACGGGGGUAUCUAUGGAGGGAGGUUAAUGGUUAUGAAAUCAAGGCUGGGAGUGGUGCUGAUGGCAUUGGUCGUACGGUUCUUGGGCGGUUAUAUAUAUUUUUCUCCACGUUUUCACUCGCUAUUUUGUGCAUCUUUAUAAGAUGUGCAUACCGGGUGGCGGAGUUGAGUCAUGGGUUUGGUGGGAAGUUAAUCAGGGAGGAGGCUCAGUUUAUUGGGCUUGAAGGAGUGAUGAUCGUAGUGGCUGUAUUCGCUCUCAACCUUGGCCACCCAAGGAUGCUGACUUUAUAAAUAAUACAAUUGUGAAUAUUAUACCACCUACUUUAACUCUACCCAACAAAUCUUUGUCAUUGCUUUUGGCUGAAGAAGUCAUGUUAACAAGGUACCUCAAUGGGCCAGAAUAUAAACUUUUGUCACUGCCCGCGAAGAGUAACUGAUAUUGUUCGUGUUGGGAUUGUUGCCAUAAAAUCAUGCCCCUUUUACCAUUGACAAUGGAUUCCCACCACUGUCAACUAGGCAUUGUCGCUUCCGUGCUCCUUUGCCAGUGAGAUACUCCCGAGGUCAGCUCCACAAUCGUCCUCACUGCGGCUUGACUGCGUGAAUUUACGGCCCUGGUCAUUAUCUGCAAUUCUGACCGCACCUCAUAGCUGGCCGUUCAAUUUGCAUGACGGCUCCAGAAGGAGAGCAAGGGAACAAUGAGCCGUCAUAAUGUGUACAGGCGGGUGUACAGUCGGUCGGCGCGGGAAUGGUAAUAAUUAAUUAGAGGAAUUCUAAUUCGCUGGCCAUUUAUAUGAUUAAUUUAGCCGGCGAACAUAGCAUGCUCAUGCCCAGGAAGAAGACAACUAUCCUCUAGUAAUAUAUGGGUUGCUCUUAUUGACACCCGCUCAACACUUCGCGGCAUCAAGAACCGUUGCGCAUCCCGG